AGGAGGAGAGAAUGUAUGGUGAAAGGCUUGCGCUUCCUUGCUUCUAUCCAGGGCCUUUGUGAAUAAACCAUGGGAUGUAUUGGCUCUCGAACCCUGACAACAGAUGGAGUUCCCGUGCAGAAGGAUGGGGAACAGCAUGGCCGAACAGACUUUUCAUGGGAUGGAAUCAAUUUGUCCAUGGAGGACACAACCUCAAUCCUCCCUCGGCUGAAGAAGCGGAACUCCGACGCCUAUGGAAUCGGCGCUCUGGCUAAGUCCUCUCUGACAGGUGUGUCAGGAGUGUCUCGCUCUAUGAAGGACAAGGUGACAAAGCCGACAGCGAUGGCCCAGGGGCGUGUGGCCCACAUGAUUGAGUGGCAGAACUGGGGCAUGCAGACGGUGGGCGUGGGGGGCAGUGGAACGGGACGUACCUCCAGUCUGCACCUCCAACAAGAGCGCAAGCUGGAGAAUGACGCAUACAGCGACCUCAGUGACGGAGAGAAGGAGGCUCGCUUCACUGCAGGUGUGCUUCAGCAGUUUGCGAUCUCUGAGGCGACGCUGCUGGCCUGGAGCUCUAUGGACGGCGAGAGCACAAGCGUUGGAUCUAAUCAGGGAAGCAUAGCCCACCUGAGCGAGGCCAACCAGGAAAGCAUCUCCAGCCGAGACCAGAUAAUGCACCAUUCUUCUGCAGAGGUGUGGCCUCACAAUUACAUCUCCCAGGGUCUUUAUUGCCUUUCUUCCUCUGAUGCUUGGGAGCCAAUUAGUAAUGAACAGUCAGGUGUGGCCUCUCCUGCCACCGGUUCAUAUGUCAUGGCUGUCGGGACUGAGGGAGGAUAUGACCCAAAUUCAGCAGCUCACUUCCUGUCACAACAGCAACAGCAGCAGCAGUAUCAGAACCAGUUUCAGCAGAUCCAGCACCUGCACCAGAUCCAUCAAUACCAGCAGCAACAGCUCCUGCAGUAUCAACAACAGCAACAGAUCUUGGAGCAAAGACUACAGAGUGCCACUCAGUCUUUACAAGCUACUCCCAACAGCACCAUCCACAGCCUGCCUCCCCUCACUCACCCGCCAUUAGUGGAUCUGUGGGGGGCAGCGCAGACAGAGGCCUAUCAGGCAGACAUGGUGGGCUACAUGGGUAUGCCUGUAGCAGUAGAUGGAAAUCUAACAGCCCCCUCAGAGGAGGUGACGACAGAUCACUCACCUUUACUGGAAGCCCAGGAGGAGGAAGAGAUCAAAGAGGAAGAGGUAACGUUAUGUAUGGAACCAGAACCAGUAACAUUAAUUCCAUCUCCAGUAACGCAGGAAGUGACCUCGACGGGAGGAAGCAGUCCAGGCCAAGCCCCUGGAGAAUUCAGCACAGAGCGCAAGGCGUUUGAUGUCUCACCAUCUGUAAUUGAAGAGCUUGAGGAAAAGGAGGAGUCAGAAUCAUCAUCUGUAGACGUCACGGCAACCAACUAAGUGGCCGGCAUGAGACUUAAGCUGGUUAGACAUUUCAAUCAGCUUAAUCAAACAAUACCAACUCCUAUUUCAGGAAUCAAACACCAUUGUGAUGGAAUUCAAGUGACUGCUCGAACCCAAAAUGGAAAAGCAGAACUGAAAGUUACUGCACUGCUUACGUGAACACUAUGAUACUUUUUUGUAAGCCUUAUAUUAUGGAUGUCUGAAAAAGGAAGGCACAGAAUGGGAAUGAGAAAUCCUUGGAACUGGGAGAGGAGAGAUGGAGGAAUACUCACCGUGUUUGGAAUGGAGUGAUAGAGUUGGAGGUAUGUAAUUCAGGACGAUGAAUUUGAAGAACAUUCGCUUAAAUAUGUGCAUGCUUUUACAAGGAGUGUUGGCACUCGUUAUUCAAAAUAAAGAAACUAUAGUUAAUAAACCAUAAUGAUUAUAAUAAUACUAUUAUUUUCUAAGAAAACAACAACAAAAAAUAAAUAUACAAUUGUAAAAUAGACAGUAAACACAAGCUUUUUCAACCCAUGCCCUUCAGAACAUCAGUUCCCACAAAGACACAUCAUAAGAGAUCACAUACACUCAAUACAACACAAAUUCCCUCUUUUCCUCUUCAGUUUUCGCUCUGUAUACUUCCAAACACACCCCUUUAUAUGUAAAAGACUGGAUUUGGC